AUGUGCGCACAGUCCCAAAAUACACCAGGCCAAAAAGUACCAACGGUAGAUAUUAAUGGGGCGAAAGUUUGGAAUAGUGAAAAUAUCACAAAUGUCUCGAGUGGAGGUAGUAUUUCUUCGUUGCGUCACAACUUCCGGAACAACAAUACAUUACCAGAACAAAAUAUUACCCUUCAAACCGUAAACCGUAGCCAAAGCUCGUCUCAGAGCCUUAAUAAAAAUGAACAACAAAGGCAUGUUUAUGCUGCAACUUCAGUAUCACGGAUGGGCGCGGCAAGUUCGCAAAAUUCAUACUCGCGAGCAGGAACUAGUGACGGGUUAAACGCGCAAAAAUUUGGUGGCUCGUCCUCGCAAUCCAAGGGUAUUCCUCCUCAGAGCCUGCCGACUUAUACCAACCAAGACAAUACAAUCAGCAGUCUCGAUGCGCAUCCCUACGCGGCCGUCAACCAAACUCCCUCACAGAAAUCUGAUGACUCGCAUGGUGGAAGGUCAUUGCAAGAGUCCCCGACAGAAUCUUUGGAGAGAAAUGGUGCUCGGGAGUUGUAUCCCCAUGGAUCUGAGGGGAGGAGCAGAGGCAUCCGAUAUUUACAGGAUGAAGAAAUUCCGAGGAGUAUUCAGACGCAGUCAUCAUUACAAUCUUUGAAAAAUCGAAAUUAUUCACCAAAUCUGAGCAAUAAUAUGUUUCACCAGAGUUCGGGUGAAGCGAUCGCAGGAUCUCAUAGGAUGUCUCUUACACAAUAUUAUUGUACGCGCUCGGAUUCAGAUUCUUUUCAUGGAAUUGGUGAUAAUAAAGGUAAACGAUAUUCGGACCCCCUCUCACCUAUAAGUUCAAGUUUUACUCUUGUCGAGAAUAGCCUUUCUUCACCAUCGUCAGUAAUUCGAUAUGCUAUGCAAGAUGCCUCGGAAACUCAACAACAGGUUCCUGAACAACUUCACGGGACUUCUAUCUCCCUGACCGUGAUGGACCCCAAUAUUUCGCAGCCAGUCAUAGACGACUCUGGGAAGCAGCAAGGCAUAAGAACCCUACGAAAUCGUGCAGAUUCCAACGGAUCAGCUCGCACCGCAUCAUCAAAGCACUCCACAAAUCCAUCCGUCUUAAUGUCACCUUUAUCUCCUACGUCGCCCGAAGAGGUAACUUACCCUCCGACAUCGAUUGAAUGGAAUGCCGAAAAUUCCGAAGUACUAUUUACUCCGCAGAUAGUGUGCAAUCGAUAUGUGAUCACCAAGCCAAUUUCCAUCAAGAAGCAGAAGCCCUUGCCAAUACAAUCCAACAUUGAUUUGAAUUCCCUUCGAUCAUCUCAUCAAUCAGACUCAACCGACCUCAAGUCUUCCGCUCAAUCCAUAUCUAAUAGAUCGGUCUCAUCGCAAUGCAGUACGAGCUCACGCCGGGUCGAAUCUCUGGGUUCUCAAAGAAACCAACCCUUCAUCUCCUUCAAUGCUAAUAACCGAAAAAGGGCAAGCAAAUAUUAUAAAGGUCAUGUUGAAAAAGUUCCCGAAAAUACAAUAAUAGUUAAAGUGUUUAAUGAUAAAAUGAAUUUUGAGAAUGAAGUCUUGUUUCUCAGGAAGUUCAUCAAAUCAAAAUAUAUUGCUAAGUUAAUGGAUAUAGAGACGAAUUCAAUUUUUAAAGACGAGCGUGAAAGUAUAGGAAACACUAGGCUCGAAGGGUUCGACAGGGGAGGCACCGAUACCGUUAAUGAUGAUGAUGAUGAGACCAAAAGAAGAAGUAGUAUGAGCGAAAUAUCAAACGCAGAUGAUGACCAAGGGCACCGACCCUCAAACUCAUUGGUUUCAUUCAUAAUAACGAAAUACUAUGGAGAAAGUUUGGAGACUAACUUACAUUUGUUCAAUGAGAAGCGAGAGAUACUACCCGUGUUUUGGAACAUUUGUGAGGCGGCGAGAUGGUUACACGAUAACGGAGUUGUGCACACGAGCUUAAAUCCAUCAAGCAUUCUGUGUAAGGAAACUGAUAUCAGAAGCAUCAAGCUAAGCGAUUUCGAAAAUGCGAGAUACCUCGAUGAGCAACUAUACCCUCAAUUUACCCCUUCAACAAAAACUCAUUCUCUCGCCUCGACGGAUGAUUCUUUCACUACCCCACCUUCUUCCACCAAUUCCCUCGUUGACGAUGGCGGAAAUUCAUCUUGGAACCUUAAUAACAUCCCGUUUCAGAUUCAAGUUACUAUGCAAACCAUCACAAAUGUAAUGACAACGCCUACAUUAUCGGGUUCCAACUAUUUAGAUAACCAGUCAUCGACCAAUCUUCCGAAUUGGUAUCAUUUCUCCAAGACAUUAGGGAGCGUUGAGGAGCUAGAGUGGAUGGUGAGGGAAAGAAAACGGAAUAGCGGCGACGCCGACGUAGACGGUGAGAACAGAUGUAGCUCCGAAAGCUUUAGUGACGAGACGAGAGAAAGAGAAAAUGGAAGUAUUAGUGAGGAUGAAAGAGAGUGCGACAGUUUGAUCAAUGUUGACGAAACGUUGAAUGAAGAAAUCUGGAAAGUGGCGUCUAUGUGUUUGAAAGUGGAUGAACAUAUGAGGUGGAGCGUUGAGGACAUUUUGGCAAGCAGACUUGUCAAUUGA